AUGAACGAGCUGCCUGCCCCACUGACAAUCAUUAAACGCGGGUCUUUGUCCGACCGGAAAGUCAGAUCGCUGUCUGUAGCAUACCCGCAUAUUCCGUGUCGCAGCUCUUCACUUGCCAUGGGUUUGAAUCAUGACUCCAACGAGGCUACAACAUCUACACGAACCCCGUCUCUGAGUGACAGUCUUUACAAUAUUGAGAUUAUGAAGCUUCGUUCGAAAUAUACUACAGCAGUACGGGGUACUUUGAUUCCUGGCCAAGAUGCAGAUGACGACCCAUUUGUUGACAACGUGAUUGUUUCCGUACCUUUGAACUUCAUAUACCUGCUGAUCCAUUUACAGAAUUCGCGACGUCCUAUCCAGACCGAAGGACCAAUGGCAAGAAAUGGCUACCAUCUUGCGCCACGCCUGCUUGUUCGCUGGAGUUCAGGGUCUUGGAAUUCUUUGCAACCAGGUUUCAUGUCAACACCACAAAAGGUCUCCCUGGAAAUUGGAGCAUCCACAAGUCCCAUGUCACCACGGAAUUCCAGGCCUGAUCGCGUCCAGUCUUUGUCGGAAAUUUUGCACCAAGGCGCAUCCAACUUGAUGUGCCCGCUGGAGCUUCCUAUUGCAUUCGCCAAUAUGCGAUCUUAUGCAAGUCGUCCAUAUAUGGAGGCAGAUUACAUGUCCGUUUGGACCUCUGUGAAUAUAUCUGUUGAUGUCAACCCCAUUGCGCUUCCUGAGACCGCUCAACUGGCUCCUCUUGACAUUAUCAUCCUCUUUGAUUGGUUACAACAACCUUCACCGAGCCUUUUGACACCCAUGAUUAUAGCAUCCACGGCACUCACUUCAAAAUUGAUUGCCUCUUACGAUAGACUGGCCUUGACAUGCGUAAAUGGGCGUUCACCGAGCGGAUUUGAUACAUUGCUCCCUCUGGGAUUCCAUUCGGCCGAGGCGGUUCAUGCCGCCUUGAACGUCUUUUCUAUACGGCAGAUGAAGAAGCAUAGAAGAAGAUGCCCGGAUUUGGCCAAAUCGAUUCAAAAGGUUUCCCAACUCUUUUGUCCCUCUUCUAGAAAUGCUUUCUGUCAUCUGGUCCUUGUCUCAGCAAGCUCCCCAAAGUCCUUUUUGGUAGCCAACAUCGACAAGGCUGUUGGGUUUCACACAGUCUCUCCCCAGACUUACUUCCCAGUUGGGACAGCCCACCCACCUGGUUGGCACAUAUGUUCUGAUACCAACGAGGCAGACGCAGACCCUAGCAAUGCCCAUUUUGCGCGCAAAAUCAACAAGAUCGUUCGACAGCUUCGCACUGGCAUGAGUCCUGGAGUCAUAUCAGACCUAAGAAUCUCCGUUGGCCCUGGCAAUGGAUGUUGGUUUGAGGCUGCAGCAGGAGAUACCCAUCUGAUGCAACUGCGACCAGGGGAGACUUGGAUAUACAAGCUGAAAAUUGGCAUACCCCUGGUUCAACGCAACGAAGCACAGCUCCCGAAUAAUGCCACAUUCAGGGAGUUGAUUGCUCAGAUCAAUGAUGUCCUGAAAGAGUUUUCCUGUGAGCCGGCUCUCCAGCAGAUUCUUACCGCCGGACUCGAAUAUGAACACUCCUUUCUACCAAAAUCGCACACUGUAUGCUUGGAGACUCAUUGCACGAUUUCCCGCACCCCAGACAUAUCUAGCAAGCCAGUUAGCGCUCAUCAGAAGAUUUCCACACUAAUGGCGUACGAAGACGACGACGACUCUUUCGACAUCAUUUCUGGAUCUGCAAGUGAGAGUAGCUGA